CAGAAGACGUUUUCCAAACGUUGUUUUGGUAUCUCAUUGGGUGAUAAAACAUAAUUUAAGAAGACGUCGCAUGUGUCCGUUACUCAGUAUUUGAUGUUAGAGUUUGGAAGCUGUGAACAACACUUUUAUUAUGGCCUUAAAUAAAUUCAUGCAUCCAAGGAACCUAUACAAAAGUAAGAAGCCAAACUUUCAAGAAUUAGCACUUAAGUAUCCAGACUUCAGGAAGUUUGUGUUUCCUGAUGUUACUGGAAAGUUGUUUCUCGACUUCAAGCAUCCAGAUUCUCUGAGGCAGCUUUCAGUCACUUUGCUAGAAGAAGACUUUGGCUUGAAAUUGGAACUUCCUUUAGACAGACUUGUCCCUACAGUGCCUCUGCGUCUGAAUUAUAUACACUGGCUGGAGGAUGUCCUUACUGCCUCAAAGGCUGACAAAGGUAUCAAAGGCAUCGAUAUAGGUACAGGAUCUAGCUGCAUAUAUCCUCUACUAUCCUGUAGAAUACACAAGGAUUGGACUUUCUUGGCUACUGAGGUGGAUGAUAAAAAUUUUAUGUAUACACAAAGAAACAUAGAGAACAAUGGAAUGAAGGAGAGAAUUACAGUGAAGAGAGCUAAUGCUGUUGAUGGGACAGUUUUAUGUGAUAUACUCAAGGACAAUCCCGACAAGUUUGACUUCUGUAUGUGUAAUCCACCUUUCUUUGCUGACCAUGUGGAGGCCGAGGCUGUUGCUAAAUCUCGUAGCUACAGCCGGGCUGAUCCAAAGUCCGUAUGUACAGCCAGCUUUACAGAGAGUAUUGUGGAAGGGGGAGAGGUCAAUUUUGUCAAGAAGAUCAUAAAAGAUUCAAUGGAACUUGGGACUAAAAUAAGAAUUUAUUCUAGUAUGAUUGGAAAGAAGAGUUCCUUACCUCCACUGAAAGAAGAGCUACGGAGACUCAAGAUUCCCAAGUUCACUACAACUGAGUUCUGCCAGGGGAAAACGAUGAGGUGGGGACUUGCUUGGACAUUUGAUCAUAAUGUCAAUUUUCCGAAGUCCUUGUUCCAAGAGUCUAAGAAAGAACGCCCUCCAUUGGUGUAUCAAGUGCCACGCUGUCCAAAUGACCUUGACUACGAUGUUACAAACAUCUGUGCUAGGCUCCAGACACUACUAGCUGGACUCAAGAUCCAGUAUGAUGUCACAUUGAAUCAAAAGUCUUUAGUAAGGAUGACAUUGGUCGCUAAAGAAAAUACCUGGUCCAAUCAGAGACGAAAACGGCGACAACAAAAACAGCAAAAGGUUACGGCGCAGAUGGAACACUCCACAGGUGCAGAAAAUAUUGAUAAAAUAGCAAAAUGUGAACCUUUUGAUGACUUACAGACAUUUCAAGUUAACUCUCCAUGUGAAGAAUAUCAUAACUGUGAUGCCAAAGAGAAACAAGGGACAAUCUCAUGUGAUGUCACAAAAAACAUGCAACAAAAUUUGGUAUUUAAAAACAUUUGUGAAGUUGCCAAGGAAAAUGGAGAGAAACAAUUUUCCAGUGGGGAAACGACAAAUCCAAAACUUAAUGCUGAGAACUUAAGUAAAGAAUUGGAGGAUAACAAAGAAAGUGUGGUUAAUCUGGCACAACCACAAUGUACUACCAAUGUAAUAAAAGACGAGGGUGUGAACUGUACUCCUGACCAAUCAAAGACCAAAGACAAUAAGAAAAGAAAAUUAUCAGAUUCAGAUAUAAAGUCUGAAAUCAUAGAUAAGACUUUGGAAUCACCAGCGAAACGAAAAAUAAUAACAUCAGAAUCAGGUGUUAUAGUCCAUCCUGAAAUAAAUGUGAAAUGUGAGCAGGUUACGUCAUCUACUACAGAUGCUGGAUCCACAUCUCUAGGUAAAAAGUCAACAGAAGAAAUGGCCAAUGGUUACAGUGAACUUUUCGGAGAUUCAGUAGAAGAGAAAAUAUUUCUGAAAUGUUUGUUGAAGAUAAAGUUAUCUACACCACAUGUAGUAAUAGAAAUGACGUGGAUAGAAGGAGAAAACAAGGAAUCUAUGCACCAAGUCUUACAAUAUAUCAAAAACAAAAUGUCAGUUACUCCUGUAACAGAGUGUCAGUAACAGACAGUUAUAGAACACUUGGAAUGUGCUGCAUAUAUCAAAAACAAAAUGUCAGUUACUCCUGUAACAGAGUGUCAGUAACAGACAGUUAUAGAACACAUGGAAUGUGCUACAAUAUAUCAAAAACAAAAUGUCAGUUACUCCUGUAACAGAGUGUCAGUAAUAAACAGUUAGUUAUAGAACCCUUGGAAUGUGCUGUGUAACCAUUGUCUCCAGGAUACUGGCCCUGGCUGUUCAAAGAAUGGUUAGAGAUAAAUAGAAUAUAUACCCUUGGAAUAUGUUGUGUAACCAUUGUCUCCAUAAUACUGGCCCUGGCUGUUCAUAUAAUGGUUACAGAUAAAUAGAAUAUAUACCCUUGGAAUAUGUUGUGUAACUGUCACCUCCAGAAUCCUGGCCCUGGUUGUUCAGAGAAUGGUUAGAUUACCAGUGUCUAGUGGAAAUUUUCUAAUAUGAAUUAAAGUAAAUUGUUUAUCAUGGCUGUAUUUUUGUUGUGAAAGGCCAGAUUGAAAUAUUUUGAGUGUUAAUUUUGCCUUUAACACUCUUGGUUUUAUUUCCAGCAAUAAUUUUAAUUUUUCACUGACAGCUGGUUAACUAACCAUUAAACCACCUGUACCUGAGGUCUGUGAGCUUUUUUAGGACAGUAUCAGCAAACUUAAUGCUCUGUAGUGUAGGAUGACAAUUGUUUGAUGAUGAUGUAUGGUAACGAAGGGAUGGGGGGGAUGAAAACUAACCAGUGACAAUGAUACAGGAAUAAAAAAAGAUUCUUAGAAGGAACAUUUUCAUUUCAAAUGCUACACCUUUAAGUUAAGUGAGAAAUACUGUUCUGUAGUUUACAUAUUUCAUUUUCAUAUACAUUAAAGUUAAGUAUCCCACAUAACUUUUGUAAGAUUUGUAAAUCCAUACUAUUUUUGUGACCUAUUCAUUUGUUUUAUUCUAAUAACCAAAUUACCAUUUAAAUUGCAGUAUUCUGGAGACAUUUCAUCUUCAGUAAAUAUGGAGUGAUGUAGUUGAUCAUUUUAGAGUAAUCAUUGAUCAAAACAGAAAUGAAUUGCUAUAAAUACCUUGUAUAAAACAGAAAUGAAUUGCUAUAAAUACCUGGUAUAAAACAGAAAUGAAUUGCUAUAAAUACCUGGUAUAAAACAAAGACUUUAUUCUUCAAAAACAACAAGUGACUAUGAAAAUUUGGUAACUUUCCAGCAACUACCUGGUAAAUUAAAAGUUUGAAACAUAAAAUUCUGAUCAUUACAGUAUUGCACUAGCGAAGUAUAUUUCAUAGGAGGUAUUUAUCUUACAGAACUUUAAUCAUAACUGUAAAUUUCAGUGCAUUGUAAAAUUGUACCCAAAGCACAUAAACAAUAUAAGAAUGUUCUGAAGAAAAAAAAUGAUAUGAUUAGAUUUUCAAAUGUUGAUGCAAGUUAUGUGAUAUGUUUACAUUGUACCAUAUAAAAUGCAUUCGUUAAUGUAUCUAUAUUGAGAUUCGGACAAACUUUACUCCUACUGGUCAACGGUUGAUAUUUUUACGAUUCUACCAAAGGAUUUCCUUGUGAUCUGCACCACCAUAAAUACAGUGUAGAGAUCUACAGUUAUUGUGUACUCGGGUAUUUUUUUUGUGUUGAUCAAAACAUUUUGAUUUUGAUAGCUUGUGAUCAGACAUUUUUGAGCCAUGACCAGAGAACUUGGUCAAGCUUCUAUAGAAAUAAUUAUGAAAUCUAUUAAAAAAUGGGACUUUUUUACAACAGUUUCCUUAAGAAGGGUAAACAGAUACAUAACUUUUUUCUGAUUUUUUUUCGCCAGAUAGAAAUAUUGAAUAGGUGAAUGUAAAGUCUUAUUCAAUCAAAGCUUUGAAAACAUUAUAUACUUUUCUUUUUACUACUGUGCUAUAAGGAUUUUUCUUUAUUUAGAAAAUAAU